GAAAGAAAGAAAGAAAAAGAAAAAAAAAGAGCAAAACGACCCGCAGCCAUCUGUUCCUAUAGAAAACAGACUCUCCCCCUCCCCAUUUGAAAGCUUCAGAUCCCGACAACUAGAUCUGCUUUGCAGAAACCUGGAUGGAUGGUAGGAUGCUGCACCGCUUCGUUCCUAAGAAGAUCUUAAGAACUGCAAAGGUACCCAGAACCUGCUCCAUCUCUGUGCAAUAAAUUAAGGAAUCCCAGUUUUUUCCGCCCCCUCCCCUCAAAAAAAGAAAGAAAAAGGAAAAAAACCCGAAGAAGUUGGCAUCCCGCAAAAGGGGACGGGAGGGGGGCAAGAGAGAGAGAGAGAGAGAGAGAGAGAGCAAGCCAGACGGAGGCGAUUAAAGGGGAGAUGACCUCUCCCACCCAUGCCCAGACGUUUUAAAAAAACAUGCCAAAAUAAAAAAGAGAAAUGAGCCGGGGUCCUUCUUCUUAAAAGCAUCAAAGCGUUGCAAAAGAAAAGAAAAAAAAGAAAAGAAAAGAAAAUAGGCAAGAAAGAAAAAAGAAAGAAAGAGAAAGAAAGAAAGAAAGAAAGAAAAAGAAAGAAAGAAAGAAAAAGAAAAUCUCCUGGCAAAGAAAAAAAAAAGAGGGGGAAGAAAGGAGGAGGUUAAACCGAGCGCCAAUCAAGUAAAAUGCAACUUUCGGAGGUAGCAGCGCUUGUGGUUGCCCUUAUUGGGGUUUGUGUCUGGACGGAGGAUGGGAGCAAAGUUAUCUCGGAUCGCUACGCGGUGUACUGGAACAAAACCAAUCCUAGAUUCCACCAAGGGGAUUACACUGUGGAGGUCAGCAUCAACGAUUACCUGGACAUAUACUGCCCGCAUUACGAGAUCCCGUUUCCCAUGGAUCAGAUGGAGAGAUACAUUUUGUACAUGGUCAACUACGAGGGACACAGCUCCUGCGACCAUCGGCAGAACGGCUUCAAACGUUGGGAAUGUAACCGGCCGGAUUCUCCCAACGGGCCCCUCAAGUUCUCCGAGAAGUUCCAGCUUUUUACCCCUUUCUCCUUAGGAUUCGAAUUCAGACCAGGGCACGAGUAUUACUACAUUUCCGCCACGCCGCCUAAUCUGGUUGACAAACCCUGCUUAAAGUUGAAGGUUUAUGUUCGGCCAACAAACGAUUCCCUCUACGAAUCGCCAGAGCCCAUUUUCACCAGCAACAAUUCCUGCUGCAGCUUCACCGUUCCCGAUGCCUUCUUCGUGGUGGUGCCGAUGUUUUGGACUAUCUUCGCUUCCUAGCCCCCCGGCGGAAUUGCAGACGAGAAAAAAAGGGGGGGUUUUCUUUUACAGCGGCAGCUGCAAAAACCAAGGGGGAGGGGAGGAGGAAACGUAUCGGAGAAAAGAAUGAAAGGAAGAAGAGGAAUAUUUGUUACCGGGAUGAGGGGGUGAGGGUGUUGCAAGGAUUUUGAUCUCCGGUCUCUGCCAACGUCAAGUGAAGAAGGGGCCCUGGAUUUCCGGUCUUUGCCUUCACGUCUUCUGAAAAAAACACCCUAAACUGAGCCAACCCACCCCCUAAGUCUGAUGCAGUACAGAGGAAGGGAAAAAAAGGCUCAAAAAAAGUUUUUGUUUUUUUUAAAAAAACUGUGACACGGGGAGCUGAGCUGGUUUUAUAUUUCAAAAACAAAACAAAACAAAAUCUUCCACAGACCUCUAUCAAGCCAGCUGGUGUAAAAAAACAACAACAACAACACCCCCAACCCCUUUAGAUUAAUCCCCUGUGGAGUUUUUCUUUUUAAAAUCUCUAGACCAAAUAUAGUCGGUUUUUUAUUUUCUUAUUUUUCUCAGCUUAACCUUUUCUGUUUUUUUGUGUGUGGGGGCGGGGUGGGUUUGUGUGUGUCUGCGUGUGUCUAUUCUAGACUUUUUCCACAACUGGAACUCAAAAAAGAGACAUCGCAAUGGGGGGAGAAAGGAAAUAUGAGGCAUUGGUGCCUCAUUUUUUUUUAUUAUUAUUUUUGAAAAGGGGUUUGAGGGAUACCCUUUACAUUCCCUUCGAUGUGGUUUUUUUUUCGGUUUUUUUCUUUUUGGCUUGAAUAUGAUGAUACAGUGGCGAGGGUGAAUGGACCCCUCGCGGUGACCAAAUUACAUUUUGUGAUGGUGGAAACCCCUUAACGAAGAGAGCCACCAACUGUAACGAGACCGUUUCUUCAAAAACAAAAAACAAAAAAAAACCUUCCUUGAGGACUAGAAUACUGUUUAUGCCAAAACCUGUUACUCCUUCGGAUGUCUUUGUUGUCAUAUUCCAUGGGUGUCGUAGGCUUACUUGCCACUUGGAAAAGAAAAGAAGAAAAGAAAAAAGAAAAAAAAAUAGAUUAAUAAAAAAAGCAUCUCACACUUCCGGGCAAUUUCCUUCCUCGAUUUCUCCAAGAAAGACAAUGGAAGUUGUGUAUCCUCGAGACGAAUCGAAACUCUGGAUUGUGUUCUGUGUGUG